CUGCAACAGGUUGAUUCAUUCAGUCCGCUAACGGGUCGUCAUGGACCGCACGCGCGAGCCUGUUUUCCUGCCCUGAAGCGGACUAACUGCGUCAGAGAGUUCAGCUUUUCUUCGUCAGAACUGAAUCUUCUUUAUUUUUUUUCUCCAAACUUCGUUGUUUUCAGCCGCGGGACUCAAGUUUUUUCUGAAACUUUUUUGGGGAAGUAACGGUCCGGGGUCGCAGACUGACUGACACCUUCACGCGCUUCGUCCCACCCCUGAUGAAUCUGAGCGCCGCACGCGGAGGUAGGAAAGCGGCGGGAAUGCUCGCCGGGGGCGAGCCCGGCCGUGUCGGGGCUUCCGCGGUGUGAAGACAGCGGCAGAAGCAGCCAUGAUCCCGGAGGAGAGAAACAAACAGACGCUCAACUUCCCGGUGGGGCUGCUCCUCCGCUCCCCGAAGAGGAGGCUGGCCAAGCUGGGGAGGAAGCCCAGCAAUGGAUCGGUGCAGUCCAACAAGUCGGACAACACGGUCCGGUCCUCCGAGAGCACAGGAGUCCGGCAGCCGGCCAAAAGCAAAAUCCGGCGCCACAACAACAGGUUCUCCACGGUUUUCGGCCACAGUCCCGACCUGCGGAGCAGUGGCGGGCGCGGCGAGGCGAGGGGCAGCGGGAGUCUGACCAAAGACGACCCGGCAGAACUGUCGUGCCAGAGGUCCACCCCGGGAAUCCUGAAGAUCUUCGGCAGCGACAUCUGCCAGGGGACGCACUACAAGAGCGUGCUCGCCACCGCGCAGUCCAACGCCAAGCAGCUGGUGAAAGAGGCUCUGGACAGGUACUGUCUGGAAAAAGAAGACCCCGCCCACUACGUGCUGUGCGACGUGAUUGGUCAGACGGGGGCCGACGGGCAGUGGAAGAGGGAGUGCUUCAGGGUGGUGGGCGACUCCGAGAAGCCCCUCCUCCUGCAGUCGCUAUGGAAACCCAAAGAAGGGUUCUCCCGGCGGUUCGAGAUCCAGCUGAGAGCGAACGUGGAGGAGCAGAGUCUGCAGGAGCGGGACGCAGUGACAGCAGGCGUGAACGCUCAGGCCCGGCGGCUGCAGAAGAACCGCAACAGAGUCACCUCCCUGUUCGUGGACGGCAGCGGCGAUGACGUGGACGGGCUGGGCUUCUGGAGGAGCCUGAGCGAGAUGGACCUGUCGGCCAUGACCAAGGAGGCCGGCCGGGCCCAACAGAGCGCGCUCCGGGAGGACCCGGAGGCCGAGGCCGACAAGGAGGUGCUGCGGCUCGGCAUGGAGAAGGAGGAGACGGAGAGCAGCGACGACAACACCACCCAGUACUCCAUCCACCCCCCCUUUGACUUCCCGUACUUCCUGCUGCUGCAGGGCUACAGCCACCGACAGGACUUCAUCAUCUACCUGAUGAGCGGGACCUCCACCAUCUUUGGCUGCUGCAGGGAGCACUCCAACGGGGAGGACGAGGAGCAGCUGAAGGUGGACAUCCUGCUGUUCGCCCCCGACGUUCUGCCGCAGCACUGCUGUGUCCGCCGCCUGGACGCCGCGGCGCCCUCGGGGGAGCAGAGGAGGACCCUGACCAUGCUAAAGCCUCUGCAUGGCGCCCCCGUGACCCGGAACGGGUUCCCCUUGAAGGAGGAGGUGGAACUGAAUCCGGGGGACUUGGUCGGCUUGGGGAAACACUACUUAUUCAUGUUCAAGGACCCCACCAGCGCCGCGGCGUCGCUCCACGCUCCUCCCUGGAUGGCCCAACUCUUCCCCGACUCAAAGACUUUGUGCGUGUCGUGCGGAUCUUCAAAGACGUCCCCGAGGAAGCCAUCGCAUCCUUGCUGGAGAGGCCCGGAGGGCGAGGAGGCCUCGCUGAGCUACGAGCUGGAGCACGAGGAGCGACUCCUGCAGGAGAUCGUGGACAUGGCGGACCCCGGCGGGGCGGAGCCCAAGCUGACGCCCGCCUUCCUGCUCUGCCUCUGCGUCCAGCACUCCGCCGCCACCUUCCAGCUGUCGCACGUCAGGCAGCUGCUGCUCCGCAUCGCCGCUCAGAUCCAGCUGGUGGCGUGGGAGAAGACGAAGGAACUUGCAGCAAGCCAGACAGAGACGGCCUCAGAGGACGCGGCGCCCGGCGUGGAGCAGCUGAUCCCCGGCCUGCAGCCGCUCGCGCUCUGGAUGGCUAACUCCAUCGAGCUGCUGCGCUUCAUCCAGCACGACGUGCCGCAGCUGCUGCCGUGGCGGGCGGAGCAUCCCGCUGAAGACCUGCUAGACGCCGAGAUGUCGUCCACACGGACGGCCUGCGAGGAAGCCAUGACGGUCCUGGAGGAGGUCAUCAUGUUCACCUUCCAGCAGUCGGUGUAUUAUCUAACGAAGAGCAUGUACUCCGCCCUGUUCGGCCUGCUGGACGGGAACCCCUUCUCGGACGGCGGUCUGCGAGUGCCCGGCGGGCUGGGCAGCAUCCUUCAGGUUCUGAAGGAGGCGCUGAAGCUGCUCACCGCCUUCCAGGUGCAUUCGGACAUCUCCCUGCAGCUCUGCGCGUACCUCUUCUUCUUCAUCAACGCCUCGCUCUUCAACGCCCUCAUGGACCGAGGGUCGGUGGCCGGCUUCUACCAGUGGUCGCGCGGCGUGCAGAUCCGGGCCAACCUGGACCUGCUGAUGGACUGGAUCCAGAGCGCGGGCUUAGCCGACGUGGCCUCCGAGUUCUUCCAGAAGCUCUCUGCCGCCGUGAAUCUGCUGGCCACGCCGAAGGAGACGCUGCUGCAGGCCAGCUGGACCUCUCUGCGGGCCGAGUUCGCCGCUCUGAACGCUGCACAGCUUCACCACAUGCUGAGGGCCUACAGCGCCGGGAAGAGCGCCCCCAGCAGGUGGAAACCUUCGCCUGAGGAUGAGGAGGACGCGCUCAGGACAGGAGACAUCCUGGAGAGCUUCGACCGCCACCCGCCGCUCGUCCUGCCCAGCAGCUCCUUCCACCUGGAGCUGGGUAAGCCCGUCCUGGAGCCCGCUCUGUUCCAGCAGCUGGCCCGCCUGCAGGAGUUUCUCCAGCGGCUCCGCGGCAGGAAAAGCCCGGCUGAGAAAGAGGAGCAGGCUCCCAGCAGGACCGGCGCUGCUGUCAGUAGCCUCCCGGACCCGGAUCUCCAGGCAGAUCCAGAACCCGCUCAGACCCGCGGGCCUCCCGGUGACCUGAGCGGCUGCGAGGCGGUCCUGACCCAGAAGCUGAAGAGCCUGGAGCUGCAGAACACGCUGCCCGGACGGCCCGACGCCGGCCUCCACAAGAGCCUGGCGCUGGACCCGUCCUGCCUGCUCACCCCACCCAACACCCCCCAGGGGAUGGAGCUGGCCCAGCUGGAGGCGGACUUGCAGGAGGGGGCCCGGCAGGAGACGACCCGGCAGGAGGGGAACCGGCGGGAGACGACCCGGCAGGAGGGGAACCGGCAGCUGAAGACAGGGUCCGAGCAAACGGGAGGCGAGGAGGACCGGGACGAGGUGUUUACCGUGGAGAUCCGCCGCGGGCCUCACGGGCUGGGGCUGGCGCUGGUCGACGGGAUGAAAACGCCGCUGAGGAUGAGCGGCGUCUACGUGAAGUCGGUGGUUCCGGACUCUCCGGCCGCUCAGAGCCAGAAGCUGAGGACGGGCGACCGCAUCCUGGCGGUGAACGGCGUCAGCCUGGUGGGGAUGGACUACAGCAGCGGCAGGGAGCUCAUCCGCUCCGCCGGAGACCGCCUCCGGCUGCUGGUCGCCAAGAUGGAGUCCAGGUCGGGCGGCAGGUCGUCCAACACCACGCCGUGCUGAAGGACGGAGGAAACCAAAGAGAAGCUGCUCCAGUCAACACUACACAGACACAUGAACCUUCAUGAGCCCCCCAGCUGAGCGGAGGAGCCCCCCCAGCUGAGCGGAGGAGCCCCCCCCAGCUGAGCGGAGGAGCCCCCCGCCACUCCCCUCUGAGAGGCAGAAACAAACUGUCAGUAUUUCAGUCCCACGUUCCCUCUUUGUGAUAUUUAUAAGUAUUUUUUAACAAAGAAUAAAUAUGAUGU